AAAACUGAACUGUCAACUAUAGCAGGAGUCCUCUCUCUCUCUCUUUGCUGAGUACCAACCAGCUCGACAGAGACACCCGGAAGGCACGAAAGUCAAUUUGAGAGGGCAGCAUGAAUCGCUUUAAGACCUCCAAAUUCAAAAACACCACACCGAGCAUUGCCAAGAAAGAUGGAUGGAUCAACAAUGUCCGAGCUGGUUCCUUCUCCUCCCAGGGGAACCACAUCAAAGCCAGCUCCAAGUUUGUGGUUUUCAACACCGAGCAGGCCGGUGGAUGCAUACUGGGCCUGUCCUCAGUCAAACCUGCUUCAGAUGGCCAAUGGACGCUCACCCAGAUCUCCUGCCAUUCAGAUCUGGUGACUGAUAUGGACUUCUCUCCUUUUGAUGAAAGUCUCUUGGUGACAUGCUCCAGUGAUGAAACGGUGAAGCUGUGGCGUUUGUGCGAUCCAGAGCUGCAGCAGCCCAGCAGUCCAGAGCUCACCCUGCAUCCGGGUCACGGCAGGCUGGAGCUGGUGCUUUUCCAUCCCACCUCCUCUGGCGUGCUGGCUGUCGGCGCCAACAAGUCGCCCCUGAUAUGGGACACCAGCCGCCAGGAUGCGCCACUGGCAGUCCUGGAGCAGCACAGUGACCAGCUGCAGAGUCUGAGCUGGAAACAGGACGGUUCCCUGCUGGCCACCUCCUGUAAGGACAAGAUGCUGCGAGUGUUUGACCCCAGAGCCCAGCUGACACCAGUUCAGAGUGCCAAGAGCCUAGAGAACAACAAGGAUUCACGGAUCCUGUGGGUCAAAGACGACCGUUUACUCACCUCUGGAUUUGACAUGAUGCGUAGUCGGGAGGUGAGGCUUUGGGACAGCAGGAAGUUGAGCUCCUCCGUCAGCUCAGUGUCACUCGGCACCUCCAGCGGGUCAGUGAUUCCUCUUUUCGAUGAAGACACUGGUUUGCUGAUUCUGGCCGGCACGGGAGACUCUGUGGUCGAUUGCUUUGAAGUUUCUUCCUCAGAGCCGUUCCUCUCACAAGUGAGCCACUGUCUGACAGACGCCUCAACACGAGGGGUUGCCAUGGUACCCAAGCUGGCAUUGGAUGUCAUGUCCUGUGAAGUGAUGCGCGUGCUUCAGCUGACAGACGGCUGCAUUGUGCCAAUCAGCUAUCAAGUCCCUCGCAAGCAUUCAGGCCAAGAGUUUCAUGACGAUCUUUACCCAGACACAGUGGGCACAACUCCAGCCAUGUCUGCAGAGGAGUGGUGGCAGGGAGGGAACAAGCAGGUGGAGAAAGUCAGCCUCCACCCAGACAAAAAGCCCAAACUGAAAGCUUCACCAACAAAACAGACGCCUGCCAAGAAGGAGCUGACCAGUGGGGGGAGCAAGGAGGAUCCAGCACGCGGCUUCUCCACCUCCAGCAGUCCUCUGAGCACUCCCAGCAGCAGCGCCGCCCCAUCUCGCUCUCCUUCCACCACCUCCGGCCUCUCCUCAGGCUUCCUCCCAAGUCCCAGUCCCAGUCAGAGUGCCAAGGCCAUCCAGAGCAUGCUAGGGCCGACCUCCAAGUACCGUCACAUCCAGGGUGCAGUGAUGCAUCGGGACACGCACAUCACCAACGUGCAAAACCUCAACCUGACCACACCAGGCGAGUGUGACGGCUUCUGCGUCAACGGUGAACGUGUGGCCGUACCACUCGCCAUCUCCGGGGGCCAGAUCGCUGUGUUCGAGCGCUCUCAGCCUGGUAAACUUCAAACCACGGCCCUGCCCACCAUCCAAAACUCUGUCAAUGUAGUCGACCUCUCCUGGGACCCCUUCGACUCACACCAGCUUGCUGUGGCUGGAGAUGAUGCAAAGAUCCGGGUGUGGCAGGUACCAGAGGGGGGGCUGACGGAGAUGCUGACUGAGCCCGACCUCAUUUUGCAAGGCCACACAGAGAAGAUUUACUCCAUCAAGUUCCACCCUCUGGCCAGCGGGCUCCUGGUGUCUUCAUCCUACGAUCUCACAGUCAGACUGUGGAACCUGGAGAGUGGCGAUCAGGUCAACAACCUCACCGGACACGAGGACCAGAUCUUUGGCAUGGCAUGGAGUCCGGAUGGAAAGCUCCUGGCCACAGUGUGCAAAGAUGGGAAAGUUCGCGUCUAUGACCCCCGCAAGUCCACUGCACCGGUGCAGGAGGGCCCGGGUCCCGAGGGCCACAGGGGAGCUCGUGUUGUGUGGGUGUGUGAGGGCAAGUACCUGUUGGUGUCAGGAUUUGACAGCCGCAGUGAGAGAGGACUCUACCUGUACUCCCCUGACUCCCUGUCAUCUGGAGCCUUAGCCACCACUUCUAUAGACGUCUCCCCCUCUACACUCAUCCCUUUCUACGACCCGGACACCAGUGUGGUCAUCCUCACCGGAAAAGGUGAUACCAGAGUUCACAUUUAUGAGGUUGUCCCUGAAAGUCCAUACUUCAUGGACUGCAGCAGCUUCAACUCUCCUGAGCCACAUAAGGGCUUGGGCUUUCUUCCCAAGACGGAGUGCAAUGUGCGUGAUGUGGAGAUCGCUGUAGGACUAAUGCUCACCAAAUCAACCAUAGAGCCUGUGGCCUUCAGGGUGCCACGUGUCAAGAAAGAGUUUUUCCAGGAUGACUUGUUCCCAGACACAGCCGUGAGUUGGGAGCCCGCUCUGUCUGCCUCCGCCUGGCUGUCAGGCAUCAACGGCAAACACAGGAAGAUGAGCCUCAAGCCGAAAGACAUGACGCCAGUGAGUGAGGCACCUAAAGAGGCUCCAGUCAGAAAAUACCUUCCCUCCUCUGUUUACCUGGAGGAGAAGACUGACGAGCAGAAGAAAGACGAGCUGCUCAGUGCCAUGGUGGCUAAGCUGGGCAACAUGGACGACCCGCUGCCACAGGAAUCCUUUGAGGGGGUGGACGAGGAUGAGUGGGAUGACUAAAGAGGACGCCUUCUUGCCUUUGGUUUAAUCUCGGUGCCAACAGUGGAGAGCAGACAACAAAUCAAACGUCAGGUUCCGCUAUCGUCUGUGUCAGUGAGGGUGCCAAUCAAAACAUCCUCUGCACGCACAAUGAAUACUGUAGGAUGUAAACAUAUAAAUGAUACUGGGGAAAACAAAUCACUAAAAGUGUAACACCUCUCGAUAUGGGUAUGUGUCAAAAAUAUCUGUUACGGUUUGGAAGUUGAAAUGUCCUGUUGUCUCAGUGGUGUUUAACUUUUAACGUGACUGCAUGAAAUUUAAUCUCGUAUUACUUUAAACUGUAAUUCUCAAAAAUAACAGAAAUCAAUCUGGGAUUCAUUUAACAUUGUAGACUGCAAAAUUAUGUAAAAAAACACAAAAGUAUAGAUGUAGGAAAUAUGAACACAGUCAUGUAUUACAGGUAAAGCCUCUUUCAGGUGCAAGGUGAAUGAAACAGUCAUAGCAAUAAUACUUCUGGUUUAUGCUACAUCAGCAGUUACACUCACCUAAAAGAAUAAUGAAAUCUUAUCUUCUUUUUCUACUUCUAUAUGUGGAUGGUGGCCUUGGUGUAAGCAUGAUAAUACACUCCGAGGUGUUAAUGCAUUCCACUUGCUCCCAAGUCUGUUAUUUUUUAUCUCAAGAUACCAGGUUGUCAACCACUGCAUACAAAGUUGUUAUCUGUGUGCACACUUACCUCCACAGUGGACCACUGCUUACUUUGUUUUUCUAUUUGCCAAUCAUAUGAGCACGCUUACUCACAAUGUGUCUUUAAAAGAUGUAACACGGGGGGGACACUGCUAAUUUACUCAUUGAACACCAUGCAUCUGAAAAGAAAUGUCUUCCUGACACACACACACACACACACACACACACACACACACACACACACACACACACACACACACACACACACACACACACACACACACACACACACACACACACACACACACACACACAAGCCUUUUACAGCAAAAACCACACUGAGGAUACAACAGGGUCACCAGUGUUCAUGUUUUUCGAUGAACUGGAAUUUCUUAUAACAAAAACAUGACGUUCUUUUCUUUGCUAGCCAAGGAUAUAACACAAUCUAAUUUAACAUGAUUAUGUAUAACUGCUUUUGUACAAGUUGGAUUAAGGAAUGUGUUAUGAUUAAGUAGUCUAAUAGUAGUCUUAAUGUAAGGGAUAGAGGUAAAUGAGAUGUUUUUUUGUUAUGCAUUAAAAGCCAAACCGCCUCCUUCUUGGAGUUCUUAGAGGGGCCUUUGUACUUCACACCUGAUUGUUUCCUUUCUUUUCUUUUUUUUUUUGGGGGGGGGGGGUGAAUUUAAACUUUGAAUAAUUACCUUUGUUAGUUUACAGAUAUUUCUCACCUAAAUGAGCUAAUUUUUCUUACCUGAUAAUUACUAGUGAGUAAGUAACCAUGACUAAAAUCACAGUGCAGUAUUAAUAUCCUACGUCACAGCCAUCAUGUAAUUUCCAAUCAGGGUUUUUAGUGUUCUUGUCAAUAAUCCAGACUUGAAGUUAGUUUACAAUCUCUGACAUGAACCAUUGAGUCAGCCAUGUUUGCUUUUGCACAUCGGGUAGAACACAUGAACCGCAGGUGUCGUCUGUGUUUUGUGAUGAAUACUGUAUUUGCUUGUUAAUCUUGAACACCCUUCUUUUGUAAUAUAUGGGACUGAUUAGCUCGUCUUCCAAUGUGUUACAAAAAAAACUCCCUUUUUAUACAGUGAAUAAAGCGUUUCUUUUUUUUCUGUCCUACAUGAGUAAUGGUUUGUGGAUUUUUCUCAGUAUUGUCUUUCAAUAAACAACUUUUGAAACCAUUUA